GUCUCUUUGUAUACAUUUGUAUAUACCUAGACUGUAUAUACCUAGACCUGAAGUGAAGGCCGAUCCCCCACUUCAAGCCACUGACCUGUCAUGCAUGCCACAUACCUACUAGCGGUGUACGCGCACAGGAGAAAGAUUUUUACAUCGUCUCUCGGCUACAAGCCUCCAAUGCGUACAUAGUAGGUACUGGAUUCAAUACCAAGUGCUCAUUGCUACCCUUAUUGAAAGCAACCUCAUCAUUGUACAACAUCUUCCUCUCUCCUCCUUGUCAUCGCCCUUUCAACCCGGUGACGAACCAACCGGUCCAUUGAUAUCAUACACUAAUAAGCGAACCAUCUCUCGAGUCUUAAUCACUCGUGCAGUCCAACUUGCCAUUCACACCGAUCCGGAAUACACCCCACUGGUAGGCUCUCAUCUGCAAUGCUCCGACGAAACCCUGGAUAUGCAUGCACGCCAGUAGCCAUCAUGCAUGGGCUAGACGAACAGCAUAAGCGAGACAAGUGUCUAAAGCCCUAUCGAAUGCCUCAUUAUGUUACUGCGUUAGCGGGUGUGGUGUGUUUCAUCGCGCAAGGUUGGUCAAGUGGCUCCCGAGUAAGUAUUCGUGCGAUGAGAGGAAGCGAUAGGUAUGGCUGUCUGGCUGUCUGGCUGGGAAGUAGCUAUUAUUGUAUCUAUUAUUUUAUCUCUCGCAGUAUAUCGCAUCAUCCUUCGACGAUGUCCUCAUCAUCAUCGAUCAAUAUCACCGUUGCUGCCAUGAUCAUCUGCGAGUGCAUGAGCAACGAAUCAUCUUACACUGGCAGCUAUAUGCGUUAAGAAAAUUUCUCCCUCUGGAGCUCUAGUCUCCGGCCUGAUCUCCGUCUUCCCGACAAGAUCAGUGUGACCGUGAUGGGCCAGCAGUACAUCGAUACCUACCUGCCUAUACUUACCUACCUAACCUAACCAACCUCACCUAACGAAGC